CCACAUUGCGUUGGACGACAGUUUUGAUUAGAAUACCUGAUUCAUUGAUUGUUUUUUGUCUGUUGUAGAGAUGGCAUUAUCUAAAAUGGAUAUUCACCGCGGAGCCCAGCACUUCUUAGAGUGUGGCAUUGAAGAAUGUGAAAGAAACUGUGAGUUCUAUUGCAACCCUUGUCAUCAAAGAUUGUGCAAACAAUGCAAAGAUGAACAUCUGAAAAGUCUAGAAAACCAAAACCAUGAGAUAGUCCAUUACCAGCAACGUAAACAACAACUUCCUGUUGAAAAAUGCAAGAUCCAUCCCAAUAAAAAUGUGGACAUGUACUGUGAAGAAUGCCAAAUUUCAUUAUGUUCUAAAUGUGCUACAAAGGGAGACCACCAAAGACAUACCUUUGUUGAUCUAGAAACAAUGUAUGAAGAAAAGUUUGUGCUAUACCAAAAAGAAAUCUCCAAAAUUCAUGAGUAUUUUCUUCCCAUAUCACAAGAUUUCCAGAAAGAAAUAAAACAAGAUACUGUAGAAAUCAAAAACAUCAUUGACAAUAUCAGAACAUCCAUGAAGACUGAAGGUGAAACCCUGAAAAGUCUGGUGGACACAGUCAUAUCUGAGAACAUGAAGCAGCUAGACCAGAUAGAGUGUUCACUGUUCGAAGAUCUAAACUCCCAAGACAAGACAUUGGAUGAUUACAUCACUUAUCUUAUUAACUUUGUCAAAGAGCUCCACAGAUGCCUGUCCUCUACAGAACUCCAGAAAUUAAUGUCUGAGAAAAAACCAAAGAUCCGAUCCAUACCAGAGACAACAAAACCAGUCACACCAGGAUUUACUGCUGGUCAAUACAGCAAAAGUGAUGUCACUCAGUUACUUGGUAAAAUACAUGUUCCCAACACUAAACCAGAGAAAAGAGAAAUAAGGUCCAUUGAAAGUGUCCCCAAUACAACAAUGAAACAUACAUAUAAACAGAUGAAAGAAGACAGGAAGAAAUCUGUCAAGAAACAAACAAUGUCUCUAUCUGCAUCUGUCACCAAGGUCAGGGAGUUCAAUGUACCAGGUGUUGAUCAUGUAGGGCAUUUAUCACUAGAUCAAUCAGACAGACUCUGGAUCAGUGACAGGGAUGGUAAUCUCGUCCAAACAGAUCUACAGGGGAAUGUAAUACAGAAGAUAAAAACCAGUGGUAGAUGUGAAGGUUACCACACAGUCACACGGGACGGGGAUGUGAUAUUUACAGACAGAGACAGGAAAGUCAUCAACAGGAUAACACAGGAUAAUAAUAUCACUAAAUUCAUUAAAACUGGUGAUUGGAGACCAUACAGCAUACACUCCUCCCACAUCAACGGGGACAUACUGGUGGGGAUGGUGACCGAAGAAAAUGCUAAAGUCACCAGGUACAACAAGACAGGAAAAGAACUACAGAACAUACAGACGGAAAACAAAGGACAGAGACUGUAUAGAAAACCACACUACAUCACAGAAAACAUCAAUGGAGAUAUCUGUACAUCAGACUAUUGGAAAGGAGUAGUGGUGGUGAAUAAAUCAGGACAACACAGGUUCUCCUACACAGGUCAGGGGUCAAAGUUCAGUCCCUAUGGAAUCUGUACUGAUGUCCUCGGUCACAUACUUGUGUGUGAUUAUGACAGUGACACUGUUCAUCUCCUUGAUCAGGACGGUCAGUUCUUGUCUCUAUUACUCACGCAACAACAACGGGUAAAGUAUCCCCGUAGUGUGUGUGUGGAUGGUGAGAACAAUCUCUAUGUGGGACAAGGUCUCACCAACACACUUACAGUGUACAAGUAUCUCCAGUAAAAAAAAAACUAUUGCUGUCAUUCUUUUAUACACUUUUUGUGACAUAUGUACUGUUAUAACAUAUUUCAGUCUUAAACAAUCAUACACGUUGAAUCUUGUGUAUCAAUGGAACUGGAAAAGAAUUGUUCUGAGUUACAUAAUGUAAUUAUUACACGUACUAAUAAACACUAGAUUGAAAAUAAUCUAUUUGUAAAAGGUGAAUUCCUUAACAUAAUAAAAAAUACAAGUAUGUAGAAGUAAAUGAUAUUGUCAGUCAAUUUUGCAUUCUGAAUUAUUUAACAGAGGUUAUGAAUAUGUAUUAUUCUACUGGGUCGUUCUUCCGUCCACAAAUUUUCUCUUUUUUUUCAAAUAACUUUUUAUGGUUGACCAAAUAAGUUCAAUGUUCGGUGAAUAGGCAGUAAGACAUAUUUUGAUGCUAAGUUUGGUUCUCUAUGUCAUCCGGUUUGGAGCUGUGGUUGGUGGGGGUAGAUUCCUUAACUUUAUAUAAGAAUGAAUGGGCAAAGAGAGAUAACUGCUUAGAAUGUUCCUAUUGUCAACGGUGAUAGCUACAAUGAGCCCCUCGGGGUUAAAUAACUUUCCUCUUGAAGAAAAUCCAGGGCAUUAUCCUUAUCUGUCACAUUGAGAUUAAUUAACACCUCUGUCUGCAGAUGAAGUUUGUUUUGAAGUUAAGGUCAAUUCUGAAUGUUAACAUUCUAUCAAAUGUGAAUUUAAAUAAUUUCCAUUCUUUAUUUUGGUUAAAAUACUGUACACAAUGAGUUAUGAUUCAAUUGAAU